AAAACCCUUUCCUUCCUCCCUCCUAAUAUACCAUGAGACUCUUCAAGACUGUUCACGACUUCGAUUAUUCUUGGCACACCGUAUCUGCUGCUCAGUGGCAAAAAUACCCCAACCCAGACUGCCCACACGUUCAGCACGUCGAUGUCUUGGACUCCAGUGUCGAUCCUGAAACGGGUGUCUUGCGAAUUGAACGUCUGAUAUCCGUUAACCAGAAAGCUCCUGCUCUCAUCCUUAGAGCUAUUGGUGCCUCCAGUACUCAAUACGUUCGAGAAGUGGCCAUUAUUGACCCAAAGACCAAAACCAUGACGUUGAGCAGCAAAAAUCUCACACUUUCCAACAUUUUAUCAUGCGAAGAGUCCAUCACUUAUACACAACAUCCCACCAUCCCCGAAAAGACCUUGUUCUCUCAUAUGAUUGAAGACUGGUCAGUUCAACGCUUCCAGCAGAACGCUCUCCUCGGAAGAGAGGCUUUCUCCAAAGUGUUGGAGAGAUUUGUUGUUCUGGCUGAGGCAAAAGAAGAGGCUGCCACCAACGCUUCCAAAUAAUCAUUGGGAAAACUUUUUUUUAGAUCCGCAAUCCAUCAUCCUAGAGUGUAUCUUUUAGAUUCAUUUACCAUUUAGAUCCCUUCCAUGCUGUAUUUAAUGCCCUUUAUACCCCCCACCACGCACGCACUCAUUCAAAAAAUCAUUAUUCUGUAAAGCUUCAUCUAUCCAUAAAGAACUCUGGACAAGAUCUUCACUCGCCCUGAAUUUAAAAAAUUUAUAUUUUUUUGUUUU